GCGCAGACGUCCCUGCGCGCGACCGCACACGCGGUUCGCAGACGCCCGUACGCAGGCGCGCGUGCGCAGGCGAAGUCCGCUUGCGCACCGAGCCGCGCACGAGCUAUAACGGUCGGGUGGUGCCGUUGGUAACUUUUGUGGUUCCCUCGUGGGUGACAAAACCUUGCGGGUGUGGGAGCUGAGCUCUGGACCCACGGCCGAGGCCUUUCUUCUCCCAGUUUGGCCUUCAGUAUUCGGUCCGAGUCUUCCCAAACGCAGCAGUGGCCGGUCCUGUGUUCUAUGCCAUUAUCAAGGUUUAGUCAGCAAGGGAUGCCCACAGGGCCCAAAAGGCAUGCGACCAGAAGCAGCUUUUUCAGGCAUCUCCAGUGAAGCUUCAGGAUCUUUCUAACCUUGAAGAAAGGGAAAAUGAAGAUAUUGUGACACCACUUCAGAAGCAAUAGCCUGAAGUUCUUCUGUGCUUCAGAGGUGGCGUUGCCCUCCCACGAGUGCAGGAGUCCUGCAGCUGGCAUGGCUGAGGAACCUUUGGAUAAGUUGGAGGAAGGGUCAUUAUCAUUCCUUAUGAAAAGGAAGGUAACCCAGAAGCUUGCUAUUCAGAAGGCUAUGACAGAUGCAUUCCGGAAACUGCUGAUUGUGGUUUUAGGGUCUUACCUAGCCGUAUGGCCUGCUGCCUCUGCCAAUUUAAAAACACUAUUGAGGUUGUCUGUAAGACAGUCAAGCUGCGUUGUGACAGUGAAUGCCUGACAGACGUCACACGUUGUGGACCUCAAGUAUUAUUCCAUUGAUUUGUUGAACAUUCCACGUUGACAAACAAUCUGGCAACUCGUAACAUAUACCCUAGAUCCCUGCCCAAAUUUUAGCAAAGAGCCACGGCGGACAUAGUGUUUUUUUCUGUAUAGAGCCUUCUGUUAUGGCGGCUGGGAUAUAUGGAAGCAGGGACUGAGCAAAGGACUCGGUGGGUGGGUGGAGAAGAGAAUGUCCAGGUGACCACCUGUUAGCGGCGGUUGUUGUCGUGGACAUCUGUGAUAGUAGCAAGAACUCAAGCACACUGAAGAGGUGGAGAGAGGAAGCCUCACACUCCUCUGCCUCUGAGGCAGGACAGGAUGGGGUAUGUGAAUGUGAGGAGUCACAGUAGAUCUGCAGAGAGUCCAGCUGAGAUGGGGAGUAUUUGUCCUCCAGCCUUGGCUUUUCUUGAGUACUGGCCCCUGGGAACCAGUGGAGUAAUCCUGAAUAUAGUUACUAUAUUUCACGCUACAGAAUUUUCUGAGUAGAUAGCCACUUUUUCAAGAGAUACCUUUUUCACAUUUUGUUGUUGCCAGUCAUAGGCUUAAGUGUGGGUUUCUUUUUCUCCUAAGUGGCACUCAAACGUUGACUGAUUCCUAAUUUAUUUGGCUGUGGCCUGACAAAAAGCUGUCCCAUCAGUCUUCAAUGAUCAAAAACAGUCUCCUCUUUUUUGAGAGAUGAAGAAACAUCUCUAGGGAAUGCAGAAGGAUCGUUGAUGAAGGUGUUACAAGCGUGGAAGAAGAACAACAGCCCCGAGCUGACUAUUGAGUCAGAGAGGGCAUCCUCAGAUAAAAGUGCUAUCAGCUUGUCAGGCUUCAUGAAUGAGCAGCUGGACUUUAAUAAAAACAGUGAUAUUAUCAGGGCACGAAUUUACAUACUGCCUUAUAUCUCAGAGGGAAAUCUAGGAGAUGUGGAAUCAACAUUAUUACCAUUCCUUCAAGUUCUUUUUUCAAAUACACAAGAUGGAGAUACGCCGCUGGGCCUUUUGAAAAACAAUACAAGGAGCCCUUCUGUUAAACGUGUACGCAACAAUUCAACUAAUAAAAAUAGAUGGAGGAAACUCCAUUUUCUGGAAAAUUUGUUAGAUGCAGAAACUCAAGAAAAAAUGGAUGAGGUGAAAAAGGAAGAAAAACCUGCCACGCGUACGCGUUCCAACCUUUUAAGUGCCAUGUAUAAACGCUACAUCUUUCAAAAGAAGUUGGAAACUGCCCAACCACAGAAAGACAGCCUAGCAAAGACUAAGAGUACAGAGGAAAAGCUGCUGAGAAUGAACAGGGUCCUCAAGGGCCCGAGGGGCCUACAGAAAAUGCACCUCCAAGCAGUGGGAGAUGAGAGCGUCUGGGGGAAACAGAAUGCCCAGCCAUCUGUGGCGAGCACUGCCGAAGAAAGAAGGCUCAGGAGGCCAUCCCCAAGAAAGCUGAAUCAGCUACUCAUGGUGCAGAGGCCCAGGAAGCUGGUGGGAAAGUCCUCCAAUGCAGAGUCUUCAUUCAUAAAGGAACACAAGGCAGCAGGUUCCUCUACCCUGAAACAGUACUUCAAGGGCAGGCCUUCUGCCUCCAUCCCUCCAAAAUCCCCACCUGAGGUUAAAAGCAAAUCAAAAGACUUAUCCAACACUAUACUUGUUUUAGAAGAUGCAAAGGCUAGACUUAGAAAUAUUAAGGAUUUUGAACUAAUCUCACAUUCUGGGAAAAAAUACAUCUUCCAUAAAAUUAGGACUCAUCGGGUCCACAGAAAACCCAAAGUCAAAAGGAGUCGAAAGUUCAGAAAGAAAAUUUCACCCAAUAGAGUGAUGCUUGCAAGCCCUCCGUUCUCUGUAGGGAGGAGUCUCAUAAAUUCCCCUCCACGAGAGGCUGUUUCAUCUUCACGAGAAGUGACUUCUCAGGAAAAUCCUUUUCCAGAAUUAUUUUCUCUUUCAGACCCUUCCAUAGAAAACACUACUUCAGAAAACAAUACUGCACAAAAUGUUUCUGAAAAAAUUAUUUCUACAGGAAACUCUAGUCUGCCAGGAGGAACCAGCCCUGGAAACACUACCCAUAGGAAUGUCUCCACUGCACAUUCUACUGUCGCUGCAGACAACAGUAUGCCAACUGUUCAACACACCAACGAAACACAAUGGGAGUAGCACAACACGGGCACUGAAUU